AUGGCUGCCGCUCCCACCUCCGACAGCGGCAAUGGCCCCGCCGCCUCGGCCGCCUCGACCGUUCGUAUCGGCACCCGCAGGUCAGCGCUCGCCGUUCGCCAGACCGAGCUGGUGAUCGAGGCGCUCAAGCGUAUCCGUCCCGACUACACAUAUGAGAUCCACGCCAUGCAGACCCUCGGCGACAAGGACCAGGUCACUGCUCUCUACAACUUUGGCGGCAAGGGUCUGUGGACGAACGAGCUCGAGGCCAAGCUCACGAACAACGAGAUUGACGUGAUCGUUCACAGUCUCAAGGACAUGCCCACCGUCCUCCCUGAAGGCUGCAUACUUGGCGCCGUCGUCGAGCGCGAGAACCCCCACGAUGUCGUCGUCUUCAAAGAUACCGUCGCAGACCAGUACAAGUCCAUCGCCGACCUCCCCGCCGGCAGCGUUGUCGGCACGAGCAGCAUCCGCCGCAUCGCACAGCUGAAGCGCAAGUACCCGGGUCUCCAGUUCGCCGACGUCCGCGGCAACAUCCAGACCCGUCUCGCCAAGCUCGACAACCCCGACGGCCCCUUCACCGCCAUCAUCCUCGCCGCCGCCGGACUGCUGCGCAUGGACCUCGGCGGCCGCAUCGGCCAGUACCUCGCCUCCGACACGGGCGGCAUCUUGCACGCCGUAGGCCAGGGUGCCCUCGGCAUCGAGGCCCGCACCGACGACAACCGCGUGCUCACAUUGCUGCGCGGCAUCGAGCACGGCCCCACGCGCCUCGCCGCCGAGGCCGAGCGCAGCGUCAUGCGCACCCUCGAGGGCGGCUGCAGCGUGCCCAUUGGCGUCGAGACGACCUGGCGCGACGACGGCAAGACGCUGACCCUCAAGGCGUCCGUCACCCACGUCGACGGCACACACGGCGUCGACGGCGAGAGCACGCGCGUCAUCGAGUCGCCCGAGGCGGCUGAUCAGCUCGGCAGGGACCUUGCCGCCGAGCUUGUUGGUAGGGGGGCGCAGACGAUUCUUGAUGACAUCAACCAGAACCGGCCGGGGGAUCAGCCUGCGACGCUCCCCGCGGCGGCUGCAUCAUAG